AUGGCAAGUUUACAUCCUACAAGACGCUUUGCACCUCUAAGCAAAGGCAAAGGUCAUGACGCCAUUGACGGUGACAUGGUGCUGAAGGGCAUUGUCUUCGAUGUUGAUGGAACACUUUGCGAACCGCAAAACUAUAUGUUCACCGAGAUGAGGAGCAAGCUUGGGAUUACCAAGGGCGAGGAUAUUCUGGAUCACGUAUACAGUCUAUCAGAAACGAAGCAGAAGGAAGCCCACAAGAUCAUCGAAGAUGUUGAGCGAGAAGCUAUGGCGAAGCAAAUUCCACAAGCCGGAUUGGUCACCUUGAUGGAGCAUUUGGACACCAAUGAUAUCAAGAAGGGGAUCUGCACGAGAAACUUCAAUACCCCAGUCGAGCAUCUGUUGAGCAAUCACCUGCCAGGUCAUAUCAACGCAUUUGCGCCAAUCGUCACAAGGGACUUCCGCCCUCCCAAGCCAUCGCCUGCUGGCAUCUUGCAUAUUGCAAAGCAAUGGGGGAUCAUAGGGGAGUCGGACGUGUCAGACGAGGGUCGACCCACGGCGAAGCGACCACUUCCCUUGAUCAUGGUUGGCGAUUCGAUUGACGACAUCAUCGCUGGCCACGACGCCGGAGCAGCUACUGUGUUACUCAGGAGUGAAGGCAAAGAAGACCUCGAAAAGGAUCCUAGAACUGACUUGGUCAUUAGCCGAUUAGACGAACUGAUUGAUAUCUUGGAGAAGGGCUUUCAGAGCAGGCCUCGGUGA